UUUUAUUUUCCUUGUUGGAGUGAAGAAACCAAACAGUCCGGUUGGGAUUUACCGACGGACUGGACGCUAUCUAGAAUUUUAGUUUUUUUUAAUUUAGUUAAUUUUGUGUUGCAAAAAUGAGGUUACAAGCUCUUGCACUUGCUCUGGUGGUUCUGGCCUGCAGCAGUGCCAGGAGUCAGAAACCACUGGAUUCCGACGAAGAGAAAGCCAUAGAGUGGUUGACGCAGCUGUACAAAAAGGACGUAGGUGUUGGUGUUGGGAAAACCACCGCACAACCGAUUAACAACCGAUUCAACGACAAAGAUGAUGUCUUCCUGUCGCCAAGACCUAAAAAAAAUAACAAAGCAAAAUCCUGCUAUACGGACGCUCAAGAAAUGGGAAUGUGCGCUAAAGCUUCCAACUGUAACAAAGAACCUGUGAAGUUAGAUAGCACUUCAAACUUUAUAUUGAGGGAAGGUAAUCCAUGCCACUUCCUGGAGACCUGUUGUCCCCUCAACCAGCUCCUGGCAAAGGCUAAGAAACCCGAGGCCAUCAAGGAAGUUAGCUGUGGAUACAGCAACCCUGGCGCUAGCGUGUUCCGGGAGAAGUUGGGCAGCUCCAAAAGUGGUUACGCGGACUAUGGCGAGUUUCCCUGGAUGGUCGCUUUGCUGAAAACCGGCGCAGCCGGCUGGGUGGAUGAGAACUACCUCGGAGGAGGCACCAUCAUCCACCCGUCCGUCGUGAUGACCGUCGCACACAAGGUCGACACUUUGAAACCGGAAGAGCUGAAGUGCCGCGCCGGCGAGUGGGACACACAGACUGAGAACGAGGCGUACGGCCACCAAGAGAGGAACGUCGACAAGAUCAUCGUUCACGACGAAUUCUUUAGAAUCCACGUUCACAACAACAUCGCCCUCCUGACCCUGAAGAAGCCGUUCAUCAAUGAGCCUCACGUGGGGGUGGCCUGCCUUAGCCUCGCGCUGCCACCCCCCGGGACUGUCUGCUACAGCAUGGGCUGGGGGGAGGACUUCACUAAAAGCGACAAGUACGCCAACUUGCUCAAAAAGAUAACGUUGCCCCUAGUAAGCAGCGACGAUUGUCAGACACGGUAUCGCAACACGAGGCUAGGGUCAAGAUACACCUUACACCGCUCCCUAACCUGCGCGGGCGGGGAGGCCAUGGUCGACACUUGUAUCGGGGAUGGAGGGUCAUCCCUCGUCUGUCCUGUAGGGAACCCCGGCGACCUUCGCUACGCCGUGGUCGGGAUGGUGGCGUACGGUCUUGAAUGCGGUGCAGAGAAUAUACCCGGCGUUUAUGUUAAGGUGCCAGAGCUGUACGACUGGGUGGGAGCGCAGAUGGCCCGAGAGGGAUUCAACAGAAGUAGCUACGAUGUGGGCACAGAAGCACAAUUCAAGCUUAGAAGUUAAACUUGCCAUCUUAGAUUAUAAGAAUAUAUGAUAGAUUUUUAU